AGUACCCCUAUGUUCUCGGCUGCUGCUGUAGAUAACUGAUUUAAGAACAGUGACUGCUCAGUACCAGCUGGAGCUCGGACAGGACCACCGAACCCACCAGUCAUGAUAGUGCAGGCUGCUGGGCUGCUGCUGCUCGGACUCGUAGCCUCCUGCCGGGGAGGGUUUAACCCGGUCACCGUGAACAUCAGUCUGGACGAGGACCCAGAAGUGCGGUGGGCUCCUAUUACAAAAGCGUUCGACGUAGAGUACUUGAAGAAAGCUGCGGCUGAAGUCAUUGACACAACGGUUCCUAAAUGGGUGCAUCACGCAGUCACACCGAUCGUGAAGGCCCUGGAGAAGUACGUUCCUCAGCCUUACGCAGGGGAGAUCAGAGGUAUUGCCAAACAGGUGGGAGGCAGCAUUUCAGACAUCCUCAUUCUCAACUUCGCCUAUGAAAUAUCUGCAUUUUGCACUAGCAUCGUGGCUCAGGACACAAAUGGGACUGUGUACCACGGUAGGAACCUCGAUUAUCCACAUGCAGUGCUGAGGAAUAUGACAAUGGAUGUCAUUUUUCUCAAGAAUGGAAAGGUAGCGUACCGUGGAACUUCAUUUGCUGGCUACGUUGGCCUGUGGACGGGACAGAGUCCUAACAAGUUUACCAUCUCUGGUGACCAGCGAGGCAGUGAGCACUGGUGGAACUGGUGGAAGAAUGUAGUGUCUGCUUUAUUCUUUCGGCGGACCCCGGUCAGCUGGCUUGUGCGAGAGACGCUGCAGGAGGCAGAGGACUUUCAGGAAGCUGUGAUGCGUCUCUCCAAAAUUCCCAUCAUCACCGGAGUCUACUACAUCGUGGGUGGGGUGCGAGCUGGGGAAGGGGCUGUCAUAACCAGGGACCGAAAGGGCCCCGCUGAUAUCUGGCCGCUGAUUCCCAUCAAUGGAGGAUGGUACAGAGUGGAGACUAACUUUGACCACUGGCUUCCUCCUCCAGCCAGGGAUCAUCGGAGAGACGCGGCCAACAAAGCACUAAAUGCUACUGGCCAAGAUCACAUCAACAUGGAGACACUUUAUCAGGUGCUGUCGCUGUAUCCUGUGUGCAAUGGACGUACUGUCUACACAACAAUAAUGAGUGCAGCAGCCCCGGAGAAGUACAAUACACUUGUCAGACCACAGGGCUGCCCACCCAACUGACUGUGAGCCUUGCUGCCUAAACUCCAGAUCAUGGUUUCAUGCAGAUUAAAUCAAAAGAAUGAUCAUGUGAUCACGUGAUGAUUCUAAAAUCAAAGAGAAGGGAAUCGAGCUCUUGUAGGUGAUUACCCUUUUUUUACGCUGCCUCUAAUAAAAGGAGAAAUGUGAAAGAACCUCAUGUUAGUGCAAUUUAUUUGUAAAGUUUCAGAACUUUGUGUUUGAUUUAAUGAUUGUGGUCACUUGAAGACAGCCGCAGUGGAGGAAUGCAGACUUUCUCAAUGACAUGUUACUCAUACCGCACGAGUAAAAUAAACAACGAUGGAAAAACACUUGUACCUGGAUCGUGGUGCUUUCGAGUUAUAUGAUAACUGUGCCUCUAUUGAUUUGUGCCUCUCAAAUAAACCAAGUCUGUAACCUU